AUGGCCAGUUUGCUAACGAACGAUAUCGACUUUAGUGGACUGUUUAGAAAAUUAGGACACUCACUGGAAGAAAUCCGAGUUCGAGCACUAGAGAACAUCCUAUCCAAGUUGGAACACAGUCUGAUUUGUGAUGCAGACAUUAUCCACGAGAAACAGCUGUACAUCCGUCUGCUGGAGUGGUUCAAUUACCCAGAAUGCUCCCACAAAGCUGAUGUCUUAGCUCUCAUCUUCAGACUGGCACAGCAUUCGGCAGGUUCGCAAAUUCUGCAGGACAUUGGAGGUGAAGAGUUUCUUUCGCAGCUGCGGGCUGACAUUGAACCAUGUCACAGACCAGUCAUUGAUCAGAUCCUGGAGAGCAUUAUGCUCUUGCCUGAUGUGGACACACAGAUUCAUGCACCUGAGUGCAUCUAUCAUAAACCCACAGAGAGUGCUGUGUGGGGAAACAGUGUGUCAUCUGCUGCCGAAGGGUCAAGAUCACAUUUGUCACAGACCUCGGACAGUUUGAGAACUCGUGCUGUUGCUAGCGCAGAGCGGCUCAGUCAACACUUGCAGGGAGGUCCUGGUUAUUUUACAGAGAGAACAGAGCAGAUCCCACAAGCUGCUGCAGAUCCAGGGAGAUGUGAGCCCUCGUCAGAUUUUUUUAUUGCUGCUGAAGAAUCUGCAGACAGUAUUGAAAGUCUCUUUCACUUGUCUACAUUUCCUUGGAUGCCUUUGACACACACAGACCAGCAUGUGAUUGCUUCAACCAACAGUUCUCUGCAGACUCGAAAUCCUGGCAACCUUGUUGAAGCUUGUGAGUUUCUUGCAGACGUGGUGUUUCAGGAUUUCCCCGCUGAGAUUUUCUUACAAAGACCUGAAAUUCUGAAGAGCCUGCUGUCUCUGGUGUACUUAUCAAAACCCACAGACGAGCCUGUGGUGGUUCAGUCAUGCAAGACAUUAACCUGCUACAUCCGAUGUCUACAGAACAGGAUCAGAUACUUCCAGGAUCCAGCAGUCUACAGAUCCAAACAAGAACUCUGCUCCAGCAGUUCCAGUCUGAUCUCUUCCACUCUCAGCUCCGCCAGUCACCUGACAUCCUCAUCCAUCCACCACCAGAACAUGGCAGACUGGGGCGGCACCCGCCACCGCGGUGAUGGCCAGGAUGGGAACAGCUCCACCGCUACAAGCAGAAAUUCCAGUAUAGGUCUUGAACCAGAUUUUCACACUGCCAGCAACGACCUAGACCCUGAUGAUGGGCCUCGCCCGCUCAACCAGCAGUUAAGUGUACCUCAGCUGUGCAUUGCAGUGUUGCAGAGAUCAUUGCCACGGCUGAAAACAGUUAAUGCUGCUCUUGGAGUUGGUGUGCUGGAGCUGGUGCACCAGUCACUGACUGUACUAGCAUCAGUGCUGGACACGGGGUUGUGGUCUGAUGACAGGGAAAUGGCCAGAGAAAUUGUGUUCCGGCUGACUGACUGUCUGGAGUGUAUCUCUGAGCUGCUAGAAUUCCACGACUACAGCAAGAGCUCACCGCCUGCAGCAGCAACAGUUUUACCUGACGUCAGCACACACAGAGUCCUGUAUAUGGGACUAGCUGCCACACUGGCUCGCUUCCUCUGGAUGGUUCCUGUAGAGAAUAUGAACAGAAUCAUACCUGAGAAGCUUAAAUCAGUGAUACGUUCUCUGGUCUAUGAUGAGACCUUGGCUAUCUUGUAUCCUCAAUGCCGAGUUGUUCUGCUGGCUGUUACCAAAAAUCUUGGCUUGUCUGUGCCGCUGGACUUUCAGCGUUCGCUAGAUGUGUGUCGAUGUUUGGCAAGGACAUGUGAAUUCUGUCUUCACUGGAACACUGAAGAGCUGACAUUGGAACAACUGGCUCAUCUGGCUGAGGAUGCCAUGCUGAGUUUGAACUAUCAUGUGUACUUGCCGUUUGUGUCUCAGUUUGUCCAGUUCAUGUCCACAGUAUGCAGCAAAAAGAAAACUCCAAGGCCAGUCAUGAAACAGUGCACAGAAGUACUGGUCAAGUUGAUGGCAUACCCCAUGGACAGCAUUAGACAGAUCUGCUACUCAACAAUUCUGGACACAGUCAAGAAAUGCUUGCAGGUGCAGCAGGCAGCAGUUGGCAGAUGUGCUGAGAGCUUGAAAUGCAGGUUUCUCUUGAAUGCUCAUGUCCUGUUUGAGCUGACUAGCUUCGGCCUGUCUGAUUCAGAUUCCAAGGUACGGAACUGUGCUACAGAGUCACUGCACCACCUUCUCAAGUCCCAGCUACUGAUGUCUGAGGGAUUGUGGCAGGAGUUCAUCAUGGCCCUGCUCAAGUCUCUGCCUAUAUUACAGUCUUACACAGAUCAGUCCAGCCUGCUGGGGCGUUGUUUGUGGAACAUGCUGGACCCAACCACCAGCACACACAACCUGUCCCUGGUGGAGAAGCUCAGAGGCAGCUUGAGGCUGCUGUACCUCUCAGACAAGAAACUGAGAACUGAUGCAGCGCAGCAUGUGAAGUGGUUCCUGCGCAACGAGCAGGACAGCGGCAGCAAGUUGCCAUCUGUCAGUGAGCUAGACAUUGGAGUCAUAUCCAACUGCCUUAUUAUUAACACCAGUGUCACACUGAGUGAAGACACUGGCCGCUCUCUGUUCACAGUGGAGGCAAUGAAGCAAGUGUACGACAUCUUCACCUCAUGCCCUGUCGACCCCGGAGUGAAGAGGUCGGCAGGGGACCAGCUUGCUAUGAUGAUGAAGGAUGGUCACUUGCAUGCCAGUUUCAAAGAAUAUGGCGGACUGGAAGUGAUCUGCUCUCUGAUUCAACAAAGUGUGAAGUCAGCAGAUGGCAGCUCACACAACCAGGUUGAUGUGUUGCCAUACUUGCCAGCUUGCCUGUCAAUACUGCGAAGUUUGGCUCAGCAUGACUUUUCUCUCAGACACUCCCUGGCAAGAGACAGCAAUCUGUACUACACUCUGAUCAGAGUAUCCCUGCUGCAUCAGAAUGAUGUUCAGAUCAAGACAGACGUUUCCUGUCUUCUGGCUUUUGUUCUCUUUGAUGAAGUGGCCAAGUUUGAUAUUGUGCCAGGACAGUCUGAUGCUCCAGGAACAUGGUUCAGUCUUCCAGCCCAGCUGGCUCACAGAUACCGACUUCCAUUCAAGCUGUCCGGCUACAACACUAGCAGCCCCAACAUGGUGACCCUCCCUGACCCCAGCAGUGACAUCAUGGCCACCAGCGGGCCCAGAGAGAUGAUGAAAGUGGCCUGGAAUCUUGCCUGGCAUGGGGGCCUGCUGCAGCUGGUCAGCUCUUGCCGCAGUGGGCUGCUUGCAGACGCAGCCAGGCACUUCAACACAUUGCUGACCCUGACACCCCUGGAGGUGACCAUCAUUGAAGCCUCAAGUGUAACAUGGAAUUUACAGACCAGUCUGGACAGUAUUCGGGAUGCUUCCUCACACAAGGCAGUGAUCGCAGCUGUGGAUCACCUGUUGUUGUACAUUGGUGCGCUGAGGUUACCAGCUGUAUCUGAGUUUUUCCUCAGCCAUGACUGGCACACAGUUCUAGAAAAGUUUCUAACCGUGAAGCCCACGUCUGCUUCUGACGAGUCCCUGUUGCUGCACAUACUUCAGUUGAUUGGCUCAGUUUUACAGUGUGUCAGACCUCAUGCACGGUUGCCUGCUGUAAACUCCGCCCUGAUGUGGUUGAUUGACAGCCUGUACAAGCCUGAUGGACCUCUUGUCAGUUUGCUGAACAAGCCAGUGGGAAGGAUGGGAGAUGGAUCAGAACUUGGUGCACCACCAUCAUCAUCAAGUAUCAGGAGGAGAUUGGACAAAGAACUUCUUGGCUGUGUGAUGACUGUCAACCUGUGCCUACCUUACCAGUUGUCUCGCAGGAGCAAGCCAGCCCAGAUGAGGGGAGACUUUGUGAGGAAGCUGCAGCAGGGCCUCAAUAUCAGUGAUGCCCCACAUUUCUACAACCUGGCAUCUCUUGAGGGAGUUCUCACCUGUCUGAUGCAUGUCACUGCCAGACCUGGCUGGAGCAGGGAGAGUGGUCAACUGGAUGCGGCUCGGCUCUGUCAGCAGCUUCUCAACAGUUUGCUUGAGGUGAUCUGGUCCUUCUAUGUGGGCCGAGGCUGCACCUCCCAGUCCUUCAUGGGCAAAGGUGUCACCAAGUCCACAGCUCUGUGCCUGCUGCACGUCUCCUACGAGAUGAUCCACAACUGUGAGGAUCAGAACUGGGUCAAGAACUGGCUGUACACAAAACAAGAUCACAGGCCAGAUACAGAGCAAGGCUUGAACUGGUUGUUUACUCUCUGGAUUUACAGGGACCCAGAGGUGCGAGCUGCUGGCUUGGGCAUUGCGGUGUCCUUGACCUCAACUGAGACUGGUCGUCUCCUGGUGGCUGAAAACUGUAAACACAUUUCUGGUGGGAUCUGGGGUGUAGCAUUCAGCGUACUCCUGGACUCGCUGGAGUGUAGCCUGGUGCGGCAGCAGGCAGCACUUUUGCUGGUGAACCUCACGUCACAGACCAUGCCAAGUGGUGAUGUGGAAACCAGACCUGGCACCUGGAGCGGACCACUGGUCACAGACACUGAGUAUCAGGUCAUGCUGGUGGGUGUCAAUGCCCUAGAGGCCCUGCUUGACCACACAAACUUCUAUGCAGCCAUGGCUAAACUCUUGAACUCCCUGUACAUGUCUACUCUCAUUCAGCCCAUAUUGGUCACCACUGAAGUGGACAACUCGACCAACACCACCUUGUCUUCCAUUGACACCAGCAGUUUGGAGAAGACUGGACAGACAUUGCUGACCACACUGUCCAGUUUGUCAGGUCAACCAGCUACAGGGCCUGCAGCCAGAGCAAAGCAUCCCUCGGCCGACACAAACACGGAUGAAUCUGCUGGCUCCAGGGACACAACUCUCAGCCAGCCAGCAUCCUCAGGAGCUACACAGGAUUUACCGGGUGCACAGUGGGGUGCCAGAUUUUCUCAACACCCUGAAGCAUAUUUAACUUCAGAGAACCAGAAAUUGGCCACUCCAAGUCUAAUCUCAGCAGUGGUGAAGUUAUUGACAAAUCUGGUUGGCCUGACUUCACAAAGCUGCCUGGCCAGCAUGAGAGACCACUCACUUUUGUUGUCCUUGUUGAGCCUGGUGAAUCCUACCACCAUCCAGGGCUUGUGUGAGAAGAUCACUUCAGGUUGGAUGGGGUCGGUGACUGCCCUGGCCCUCCGUGACCACCUGCUGCUGUGUGAGGCUGUGGUGGAUUUGUACACUGUUUGUAUUACCGUGGAUACAGUUGCUAGGAUGGAGUUGUUGGCCAACUCUGCUGGCUUGAGAUCAGUGGCUGCCUUGUUGUUGUUACAGUGGCAUGACGUGGAUGACAUUGGAAGUACAUGUGCCAGUUUGGCUGUCAGCACUCUGAAAUUGCUGUCUGGCCUGUUGCAGACUCAGGGACCGGUAGCUCUGAAAUCAUUAACAGAAGUUUUAGGACAGAUUUGGUCGCCUUUUAUAG